AUGACAUCUCGCUAUAUGGAACGAAUGGCAAAAAUCGAGCAAGUGUUGCUCAUUGAUAAUAAAAAAAUCGAUAUUGAUGAGCUUCGAAAUGGUUGCAGCUAUGGCGUCCCUGAACAAUUGCGGCCAUUGGUUUGGAGGUUACUUCUCAAUUAUCUGCCAUUGGAAAGGCAUAAAUGGCCAUCAUACUUGAAGGAACAGCGAGCAACCUACGACCAAUUGAUAGAGCAGAUUAUUGUGGAGCCAGGCAAAGAAGCUCUCAAUAAGUCUAUUAAUGAUCACCCGCUAUCGGAUAAUCCGGCGAGCGAUUGGCAGGCGUUCUUUCAAGACAACAAAGUUCUUACGCAGAUCGACAAGGAUGUACGAAGAUUGUACCCGGAGAUACAAUUCUUCCAGUUGCAGUCCAAAUUUCCGCAUAAAUAUGGAGUGAAUUAUCCCUUGUCAAAACGUGUUUCGGGACAGGAAUUGGACUCACAGGAGUAUGGAAUCAACCGCGAUGGAAUAAUAAGCUGCGUCAAGGAGAACAUCAGAGUUGCAGAUAAUAGCGAUGAAAAAUCAGGGAGUGCAGAAUUCCACUGGCAUAUUGUUGAACGAAUUCUCUUCAUUUACGCAAAACUCAAUCCGGGAGUGCAGUAUGUGCAGGGCAUGAAUGAGCUGGUGGCUCCGAUUUAUUAUGUGCUCGCUACUGAUUCUGAUGAGGAAUGGGCUGCUUUCGCUGAAGCCGACACAUUUUUCUGCUUUCAGCAACUCAUGAGCGAAGUCAAGGACAAUUUUAUAAAAACUCUUGACGACAGCGUCUGCGGAAUUGAAUCUUCAAUGUCCAAUUUCCAUAAUCUCAUAAUGCACUUCGACAAUGAGCUCUACAAUCACUUGAUUGGAAGACUCGAUAUUAAACCUCAGUUCUACGCAUUUCGCUGGCUUUCCCUUCUUCUAAGUCAAGAAUUCCCGUUACCCGAUGUUAUCACACUUUGGGACGCUUUAUUCGCCGAUUCAAAAAGAUUCACACUUCUUCCUUACGUAUGCCUGGCAAUGAUGGAACUUCAGAGGAAUGAGCUUUUGAAUGGCGACUUUUCCCUUUGCGUUAGAACUUUGCAGAACUAUCCUGUCAUUGACAUUGCUAACUUGGUGGCGUUCGCCCAAGAUAUCCGCGAUGGGAAGGCACAGAAGCCUGUGAAAGAAAUUCAACGAAAAAUGCAAUGGCUAGUUAUAUUGAUGUUGAUUUGCUGCUCUAGGAUCCUCUGUUCCGAUUUUGGGCCAUUGUCUACUUCAUUCAUGAAAUCCAUGUACAGAUUGAAAAAUUACGACAACCUUAUUCGUCAUAUUCUGACUUACGGCUAUACCGGAUCUUUCGGCGGAGCAGAGUCGGAAACUCCCAAGAUAUUGAAUACCCCAAUUGUUUUUAUUCAUGGAAACUCGGAUUCUGCACUUAAGCACGGAACAGAUAUUUAUCAAUCGGGAUGGAACCAAGUCUUGGAAUUUUUCCUGGAAAAUGGGUACACUAUGAGCGAGCUCUAUGGCAUGACAUACGGCGAUAGGAAUAUUUCAAACUCUUAUACAAGACACUUCGAUUGUCAAUUAAUUCGUUUCCAUCGCGAGUUCAUUGAGAAUGUUCUGAUUUACACAAAAUCUGUUAAAGUGAACAUAAUUGCGCACUCAAUGGGUGUAAGCAUUGCACGAAAAGCGAUUCAAGGUGGAACUUUUUUUGACGAUGACGGAAAAGAAUGCGAUAUCGGAGAUAGCUUAUCCCAUCGUGUUGGAGUUCUAAUUGGUUUGGCUGCUGCAAAUCAUGGAAUGUGUCCAUGCCAAUUUGCUCACGCAUUUCCAGCAUGUGGAUUCAAGACUGGAUUCUAUCCGGGAAACUGCGGCGACUACAAAUGCGAUUCUGACAUCCAUAAUCUCAAAGGCGUUUGCAACGUCAACGAAUAUUCCCCAUUUCUUUCAAACGUCAACAAUUUUCCUAAAAAAGAAGCCGAUUAUAUCGCUAGCUUUUGGAGUGACGAUGAUGAAGUUCUUGGAAAAAACAACAUGGUGUUUGGUCGGAAGACUUCACUCAUUCCGCGAUCUGAUAUGCAAAAGGUAUACAUCGGACUAACACAUAAUGAGGUCAAAAUGACAGCGCCGGACCAGCUUAAAGUGAUGAAACAAUACGAAAGUCGACAGUUGCUGAGAUAUUUCAAUUUGCUUUAA